CAAAUUUAAUUCCAUCCAUUAAACAGUAACCCACUUGUACCUUACUGUACAACAGAGCGACAUCAAUUUACCCACUUUUUUUUUUAAAAAAUUAAUGAACCUUUAGAGUCGAUGUUGUGGACCGAGAUCUUGAAGAAUCUUCACUGCAAGUUCGAUUCAACAAUGUUGAUCAAAAUUCAAGGUAAUAACAUUAUUUUUAAAAUAGCAGCUAUGUCCUAUAUAUACGUCGGUGUGUUUUUAAUAUAACAUUAUAGACACAGUUAACUUUAACUAUAAUCAUAUAUAGGUAUAUUAUUCAUAAUUUUGCCAUUAUAUUACUCUAUCCUUUAUAUAGUAGACUAUUAAUUUAACUUUCUACUAAUAGUUGAAAUACAAACACUUCAAACGUAAUAAAAACCUCAAACAUUUUAAAAUAAAUAUAAUACACCUAUACUCCUAAAAUUUCAAUUUGUUAGUUUUUGAUAGCUUUGAUUUAGUGAGCUAUUCAAAAUCGUAUUUAUAGUAAUCAACCAUAAAUAAAAUAUGAUAUGUUAUAUAUAUAUAACUAUACGUGAAUCUAUUUUUAUUAAAUUUAUAUAUGAAUAGUAAUGUCGAAGAGCUAACGGCAAGUAAUUUAGUUGACACACCAUUGACACCAGAGCAGUCAUUGUCUCAAUUUGAGAGUACACCUUGCCUAGAUGAAACGUUCUGGCCUUUAUCAGAUGACACACACACUCCAUCACAUACACAUACGUUAUGUACAGAAACCAAUGAUAAUAAUUCCAAUCUUGACUUGAAAGGUCCUCUAGUUGGUCGGCGUAUUGUAGAUAUUGCAUUUCUCAUCAAACAAAUACAAAUAAGGCAUAAAGGACCAUUUGGAUGCUCAUUUACUGACAUGGAAUUUCAAUCAGAAGUGAUACAUGGCUUUUAUUCGAUAUUUGUUUUUAAAUGUAAAGUAUGUUGUAUUGAAUCUAAAUUAUACUCGGAAAAUAUUCAACAAAAUCAGUACAUGUUAGUUAAUAAAGCUGUAGUAAAUGCUUGUCAGUCCAUAGACCACAAAGCACUUACGUUCCGUCAAUCUCGUCAAUGUGGCGGUGGCUACGUCGUUGACUAUGGAUACGGCGGCGGUAAACCGUCUCCAGCGGCAACGAGUUCUAGCCUUCGCUAA